AUGGUCCUCCUCACGGCACAGCGGAAGCCUGUGCUUUGCGUGAGUAAGAACGGAGAAGAGAAGGAGGUUACACGCGGCGAUUAUGUUAAAACGGUGGAGGAAGAAUCCAUCGAGUGCGAAAUAAAUAAAAAAAGAAAAAAAUGGACUCCGCGCAAACUCCAGAAGGAGUUCACCAAACAGAAGCAUGAUCUGGUUUGUCUGAGUCGUUAUCGUUACCACCCUUUUAAGGUUCUCUGUCAGAAUGGUUUUUCUUUUUUGCAACCAGGGGAAAGCUACUACACCUGCAGUAAUAAAAUGCAGAAGAGAAACUACAAACUAAUUUUCGAGAACCUGUGUUCGUCCCCGUCGAUUCAAAUUUCCUUCUGUGGAAUUCUCAUGACCGCAAUUGCAGCCUUGGUGGAUCUGAAUAAAAGACGAUUGUGA